AUGCCAUAUCGUUCGAGUUCUUCAACAAGUUUCUUUAGUGAAAAUAAUAACGAUGAAUUUGAAAAUGAAUUGAAAAUGGAAAAACGAAAAUCAAACAUCUUUGCUUCUUUUUGGAAAAUACAAAAUUCACAUUAUCUUGUGUUAACGACUAUUAUUGAAGCCAUUGCUGUCAUUAUACUUGAAUCUAUUUUAUUUGCUAAAUUUAAACAAAGUGUUUCACCUAAUAUAGAUAUUUGGGAUGGAUUAACGAAGGGUAUUCCAAUCUAUUUAAUGUUAUUUAUUUUCUCACAAGUAUUUCAAGUUGCACUUGUUUGGGAUGCGGUUUAUAAUAAGAAUACAAUUCAAAUCAUUGCCUUCAUCUUAUUUAAUCUUUGUUGCUUGGGUUACGCUGUGUUUCAAUUUAAACAAAUUGCAGAAGCUUUAAAUCAACAAAUGGCUAAUUCACCUCUCGUUUGGAGCCUACAAAAAAUUAUGAUUGCAAAUCCUAUUAUCAUUUGCUUUUGUCAACUUGUUUAUUUUUAUUUAGGAGCAAGAUUAUAUCUUGAGUUUGGUUGGAGAAUUUACAAGAAAAUCGGGGCUGAUCCAGAUAUAAGAAGCUUCUCUAUCCAAUAUUUAGUUCUUGUACUGCGAAAAGCUGAUUCUGAAUAUCCAUUAACUAUAGUUGCCUUACCUAUAACUUGCAUCAUCUUGGUAUUAGCAGUUUAUGCUGUCAGGCACGAAUCAAAAUAUUUAAUUGUAUUAUUUUUUGUCGGUUUAGCAGCUGGCGUUGGUUAUUUUAUAUUUAAAAUAUAUCGAAUUUACGAUAAAUCACAACAAGCAAAAUAUGUCUAUGUCAAAGGCGUGCUUACUUUUUUUGUUAUGAGGAAAAUAGAUGAUCCUAAUGAUAGUUCAGAAGUAGACGGUGGUCGUACUUUAUCGCUUGACUAA